UCCCCUUUUCUCUGGUUCAACAAACCACACACAAAUCAAGGGGAGGAGAGGAAACCAAUCAAUGGCUGCUGCUUCUGUUCUCUUCUUCCUCCCUAAACCCCCGCCUCUCCACCUCCACCACCACCACCGCCACCAGCAUCUGCAGCAGCUCGUCGGACUUCGCCUUCCUGGUCCCUCACGCCGUCGGCAGUGGCGACGUUUUGACUCCUACCCUGUUCGCGCCUCCAAGAACGGCGACGCCGCCGACCCCCCGGACCGCCUUCUCGCCGCCGUCUGCUACCUGUACCCCUUCCUUGACGGCGUCCACUACGGGCGCUUCGUGGUGGCCCAGUUCCCGGCGUUCCAGGUCCUCCUCCAGCCCCUUGUCCCGGCCAUUCGCCUCUUCCGCUCCUCCCCCUUCACCCCCUUCCUACUCUUCCUCACCCUCUAUUUCGCCGUCGUCCGCAACCCCUCCAGGUUUAGCCGUUACGUCCGCUUCAACACCAUGCAGGCCAUCGUCCUCGAUGUCCUCCUCAUCUUCCCCGACCUCCUCGAGCGAUCUUUCAACCCGAGUGAGGGCAUCGGGUUGGACCUCCUCCAGAGCCUCGACAGCACUGUCUUCCUGUUCCUGCUCCUGUCGCUCAUCUACGGGUCCUCUGCGUGCCUCCUGGGACAGGUCCCUCGGCUGCCUAUCGUCGCCGAGGCCGCCGAGAGGCAGGUCAUGUGAAGGAUGCAAUGACAUUCCAUGACAUUCUAUACUCCACACCACAUACAAGCCAAGUUGGUCUACUAGCAAUGGCCCUUGUCCUGCUUUACAAACAUAUUCCUUUGAUCACAUUCAACUUCGAGAUGCCGAGGGCAUUGAUGGUAAGCAUAUGAAGAACAACAUUGGGCAAGUGAUAGCAUGUUCAUCUGUAUGGAUGAUCAUGCAAGACCCAUAAUUUAUGUUUUUGGUCACACUUGUUUCUACGACAAUCAUAUAGGUGCUCCAAAUUAUCUGC